AUGCCAUCCAGACUGAGGAAGAUCCAGAAACCUCAGGGGCACGUGAGGCAUGGCCCCAGCCGCAUGGGCAAGCGCCGGAAGCACCCAGGAGGCCAGGGUAAUGCUGGUGGAGUGCAUGAUCCAACAGGAUCAACUCUGACAAAUAACACUGAGGUUACUGGGGAAAGUUGGUUUGAGGCGCUACUUAACGAGCAGACACAGAUAAAUGCUGCCAGAAACAAGGCUGGAGCUGCUCCUAUGAUUGAUGUGCUGCGAUCUGGCUCUACAAAGUUUUGGGAAAGGGAAAGUUUCCAGAACAGCCUGUCAUUGUGA